AUGGAAAGUGAUCGUUUGGUUGAUAAUCAGAAGACUUAUAACUAUUUGGAUGAGGAUGUAGAAAUUAAUGGCUAUUUAGUGAGUACAAAGAAUGGGUCAUAUAGUUGUUUGAGUUUAAAUCAUGAAUUAUCUGAUACCGUUAUAAAAACUGAAGUACCUCAGGGCAGACACUUAGGAGUUUUUUCAACUAUGGUUCUAUUUGUCUCAAGAAUGGUGGGCUCGGGGAUAUUUGCUACUCCCUCAAGUAUAUUCGUUAGUUCUGGGGGGAAUAUUCUAAUAUUUGCAUUAAUUUGGAUAGUAGCAACACUUCUAGCAUACUCAGGUUUAUAUAUUUUUUUGGAAUUUGGGUCUUGGUUGCCAAAAUCUGGUGGAAGAAAAAAUUUUCUGGAACAAGCUUAUGAUAAACCAGCAUUAAUGAUGAAUGUCUCAUUUGCUUGUUAUAGUGUUCUAACAGGUAUCGCAAUUUCAAAUUCUAUCAUUUUUGCGAAAUAUUUAUUAGUCAUCUUAGGUUAUACCAAUUUGGAUUAUUCAAAGUUUGUAAGCAUUGCAAUCAUUUUGGUCAUCAUAGCUAUCCAUGGGUUUUCAGUGAAAUUUGGAAUUAAAAUUCAAAAUUUUUUAGGUACUUUAAAAUUCCUAUUAAUAUUUUUAAUGUGUUUAACUGGCUUUUACACUAUUUUCUUUUACAAAUCAGAUAAUAUUAAUUUCACUCAUUGGACAUCAUACCAAGGUAAUACUGGGAUUUCAUACUCAUCAUUGGCCUCUGCAUUCAUUGGCGCUUUUUAUUGCUUUUCUGGCUGGGAUAGCGUACAUGUGGUAUCUUCAGAAAUUAAAAACCCCAAUAGAACAUUGAAGUUGGCUGGUCCAUUAUCAAUAUUUAUUUGCUUUGUUUGCUAUGCAAUGAUGAAUUUUGCUUAUUUAAAAGUUUUGACAUUUGAAGAAAUUAAAGAGGCAGGCCCUUUAAUUGGUUCUGUUUUGUUCAAGAAAUUAUUUGGUAAAAAUUUAGGAAGCAGAUUAAUGUCAUUGUCAAUCGUGUUAUCCACUGCAUCAAAUAUAUUUGUAGUUCUAUAUGGACUCUCAAGAAUGAAUCAAGAAGUAUUUAGAGAGGGCUAUGUCCCAUUCAGUAAUAUCUUAUCUAGGAACUGGCCAAAUGACGCACCGCUUCCCUCUUUGAUGAUCUGUGGAACAUUAACAAUAUUAUGGUUACUUAUACUACCCCCAGAAGGUGGCUCAUUUGAGUACUUGGUGAAUAUGGAAGGUUAUGGAAAUCAAUUUUUCCUUUUCUUGACUGCUGUUGGAUUAUUUAUUUAUAGACAUAAAAGGAAGUAUGAAAUCCCCAAAAUUAGAUGUAGCUCUUUAGGUGCUAUUUCUAUGGUUUUGGUCUCGAUUUAUUUAUUAGUUGCUCCUUUUUUUGGUAAUCAAGAGUUAAACAGAGUAGGGAAUUUUCCUUCCUUUCAGAUCACAGCACUGUCAAUCAUUAUCAGUUGCACAAGCUAUUGGUUCUUAGUUUUUUAUGCAAUUCCUAAAGUAUUGGGAUAUAAAUUAGUUCCAGUAUCAGAAAAAUUAAGUGAUGGAAUGAUAAUAACUAGCUGGAUAAGGAGCUACGAAUCAUAG